AUGAAUGCAACUGGUACUGUGGCUUCAUCGUCUGGAUUGAAUAGUUCAAGAGAAUCGUCUAUUACAGUGGCUGUUAGGGUUAGGCCGUUCACUCCUGGUGAAGAAAAUAAUCUCAUAAAGUCAAAUAAUGAAGAUUUUUUUCUUGGGGAUGGAUCAUUGAGUGUCAACAAUGCUUCUGAUACCCCAUCAAAAAAGUCAAACUUGAUGCCUAGAGGCAUUCGAAAAAUUAUAAAUGUUGUGGAUGAUAGAAUGUUGAUAUUUGAUCCGCCCGAGACCAACCCGUUAAUACAGAUGCAAAAAAAUGCCUUCCCUAAUACAAAGGUCACUUCUAGGAUACGAGAACAUCGGUUUGUGUUUGACAAGUUAUUUGACGUACAAGCGACGCAAGAGGACGUAUAUAACAACACCACCAGACCAUUAUUGGAUAGUGUUUUGGAUGGUUUCAAUGCGACUGUCUUUGCAUAUGGUGCAACAGGUUGUGGUAAGACGCAUACAAUUCUGGGUACACCUCUUGAUCCGGGAGUAAUAUUUUUGACUAUGAAGCAAUUAUACGAGAAAAUCGAAGGAUUAACUGAUACUAAGAUCUUUGACGUCAGCAUGUCCUUCUUAGAAAUCUAUAAUGAAACUAUACGAGAUUUGCUUAAUCCAGAAACUCACUUCAAGCGACUAGUUUUAAGAGAGGAUGCAAAUAAGAAAAUAUCUGUUUCAAAUUUGCUGUCACAUAAGCCAAAGUCCGUUGAAGAAGUUAUGGAUUUAAUACUUAUUGGUAACCAAAAUAGGACUUGCUCACCUACAGAAGCCAAUGCUACGUCGUCAAGGUCGCAUGCAGUGCUUCAGAUUAAUGUAGUUCAAAAGAAUAGAACUGCGGAUAUAAGUGAAGAGCAUACUUAUGCUACAUUAUCAAUCAUUGAUUUAGCUGGAAGUGAAAGAGCGGCUGCCACUAAGAAUCGAGGAGCGAGAUUGAAUGAAGGUGCAAACAUCAAUAAAUCCUUGUUAGCAUUGGGUAACUGCAUAAAUGCAUUAUGUGAUCCAAGAAGAAGAAAUCAUGUUCCCUAUAGAGACUCUAAACUCACUAGAUUGCUCAAAUUUUCAUUAGGCGGUAAUUGCAAGACAGUGAUGAUUGUCUGUGUGUCACCCCUGUCCCAACAUUAUGAUGAAACAUUAAAUACAUUGAAAUAUGCAGAUAGAGCGAAAGAAAUUAAAACAAAACUUAUAAGAAAUCAGCACAACCUUGAUAGGCAUGUUGGCUCUUACUUAAAAAUGAUUACUCAACAAAAGCAAGAAAUAGAAGAUUUAAGAGCUAGAGAGUUGAAAGUAGUUGAACUGACUAUUGCAAAGCAAAAUUUAUUGAGCCAAAAGUGUCUUAAUGUUACCAUGGAUAAUAUAUCUAAUUUAAAAGUAUCUUUGGCCAAACAGCAUCAGGAGAAAUGGAAGAAGUAUUUCUUUUUAGCUAAGAGAAAGCUACUUUUACUUCAAAAACUUGAAAUAGAAUCGUUGACGAAAUAUCUCCACAAAUUGACCAAGAGUGGAAAUAUUCAUGGCAUAAAUAACAUUAUGAGUUUAUCAGAGCAAUUGAUUUCCAAAAUAACUACUGGCAUAUCAGAUUUAGAGACCCAAUAUUCUAGACCAAAUGAAAUCGAUUAUAUUUUUAAUGAAUCCACACUGCAAAUGUUAAAGAAACUAAGAGAACAAGAAGGAUGGUCGGAUAAUAAUACUGUCGUAUUUGAUUCUCUAGUCGCAUGUUUGAAAGAUUCACUAGAAAGAGAAAUACUAUUUAAUUCGUCUAUUUUGUUCGACCAUCUUGUUCACGAAAUACGAGGUUUCGAUUUCUUUCCGAGAAGCUUCACGGAUAUGUUGGCUGCCUACACUAACUCUGAUAAGGAGAAUCUUAAUGAGUAUACGACAGCCAGUUUGAAAACUGCAAUAGAUGGCCUUGCUAAGGCCUUAGAACAAAUUCUAGAAGGCGAAUAUGAUGCUGCCAUUGAAAACACCACAUCAUCAUUUAUGCAAAGAAAAUUGAAAGAACAAGAAAUACUAACAAACAAUACCAAUAAUCAUGUUAUUAAUACAUCCAUAAACUUGCCGAAACCUAGAGAUUGCAAGCGGGGAUCUAAUUCACCAUUGAAAUCCUCUCCUCCGAGAGAUUUCAAGAAAUCUAUAACCAGGAAGAAUUCUUCGAGUAUUUCGGCGGCCAUGCUACAGAAACUGGGUAAAAAAGUUCGUUGGGACGUUCCUAAUCAAGAUUCUACAUUGGCUGAGAGUGAUAUUAGCAUAGAUGAACAAAAUACCAUACUCAAGAGUGAUUGUGAAGAUGAUUCACCUAUAGGAAAUAAUGUUAUUGAUAAGACUAAUAUGAUCGAUGAUUUGGAUCUACAAUUCGACCCAACGCUCGAUUCACCGCCUUUGGCUCAACUACUUAAAGACAACAUGAAUCGAAGCCUAAUGGCAGACUUAAGUAAGAGUAGAAACAAGCAUCGGAAGUUUCAGCCCCUAACCAAUCGUAAAUUAUCAACAAAUGAAAAUAAUGAACCAUUAACCAAGCUUCCAUUAUUAAAUAAACAGGCAAGCACCAAGAUAACGAACUCGACGCAAGCAUCUACGCCAAAAGAGAUUACCGAAUCGACCCCAACGUAUCUUCCUGUAACUCAAACGAACACUAAGAUAAAAAUGAACUCGUUAGGGGCCCCAUCUAGGGUAAUCAAUAGAUAUAACACAUAUGUGGAAGAUGACGAGGAUUCUAGAGAUAUAGAGAGCAAUGGAUCCGAGAAAGUCGAGUAG